AUGCCGGCAAGUAGUGAGGUACUCAUGUCUGCCAUCGACGCGCUAUCCGCAGCGCAAUUAGCUGUAUCUAGGAGGAAUGUCCUGCUCGUGCAUCGCUCCAGAUCACUCUACGGUACCGCUUUGAGUCAACUGUUGCGAGCCAUUCAAAACCCAGAAAUGGCCCUAAAAGACGAGACAAUACUCUCCACUUAUCUUCUCGCACUCUACGAGAUCUUUGUUGGCGUUACUCAGGGUUAUGGCUUCUUUUAUCACGUUCAGGGACUUUUACAUCUGCUAAGGCAACGCGGACCGGCCUCAUUCCAGACCAGACAGAGCAUGCAGAUCUUUCACGCCAUACGGUAUAACUCUCUGACUGUCGGCUAUCACAUCCGAAGGGCCUCUUCGCUCGACACCCCAGAGUGGCUGACGGUGACAGCCAAAGCGGCAAAGGUCGACCCUUACGUGGCUUUACAGGACAUAUGUAUUACCAUACCUAGGCUUUUAGAACGCACGGACAAACUGCCCAAAGACUGCUCGAAAGAAGAUGUCGAUUCUUUGGUCGACGAUGCGCAGGAAGUCGCCAACCGUGCUUUUGGUUGGCUUUCCAAUUAUGAGAAGCAUGGUCCACGAUACAAUAGAGUCCACGUUACCACCAUGGAUGGAUUCUCUGACAUUUGCUCCGAUUCUGGAGUGUUCGACUCCGUAUUCGAGUUCCACUACUUUAGCGCUGGUAUUUGCUACCUUAUUUACUGGAUGAGCAUGUUGAUUUUGCAGGGCAAUACCUUCAAGCUACUCCGGCAACAUCGGCAACUAGACCUCAAACAACUGAUGACUUGGGAUCGUCAACUCAGCAGUUAUGCUGACUCGAUCUGUCGAAGUGUACCGUAUCACUGUCGGCCCAUCACAGGAUAUACGGCAAAGUUUGGAUCUCUCACUCCACUCAUGGUCGCAAGGAAAUUCUACGAGAUGAAGGGCGCCAAAAGAGAGGCGGCAUGGUGCGCAAAGGUCUACACUAGUGCAAGGGUACCGGAGCUCUAUUCGACGGAGUUCACUCUGGAUCCAUUGGACGCCGUCAAGGAUACUUCCAUGGCUCACCUCAUCUUCUUUGAGGCUUCUGGCUUACUGCGGGAACACCCUUUCCUUCCCUAUCAGCGCUCCCACUCGAAACUGGCAACCGGAUUGCACCAUCCAAAGCAACUCCCGCGAGGUGCGCAGUUUACGCUACCCAUCCGUUCUAUCAAGAGGCAACGCAAAUGA